CCCUCCUCUGCUGCGGGUGCAUGUCUUCGGGGCUUUUCUCCGGUCUCAAGUGCGAUUCAAACGGUGUGACUUUCUACUGCUUUUUAACGGAGUAGCCUCGCCAUGGACGGACGGGGAGCCGGAAUGCGAAUGGCGAGUAGCUAAGUCGAACAAAAUGUGGCCAAAUGGAACGAGAACGUUUAGAACGUGAAGAUUCUUUAUCCCUCACCCCUGCGUCCCAACCGUCCGAGAGAGCGUUGGACCUCACCGAGGCAAUCCUGGGCCGUUGGCAAUAAAAUGUCCCUAAGUGGUGGCACUGCAGGCGGGAAAGGUGUGGACUCUAAUGCGGUGGACACUUACGACAGCGGGGAUGAGUGGGAUAUCGGUGUUGGAAAUCUGAUUAUUGACCUUGACGCUGAUUUAGAGAAGGACAAACUUGAGAUGUCUGGUACCAAGGACGGCAUGGCGGCACCACCCAGUGCAGUGGCAGCGUUGCCAGACAACAUCAGGUUCGUUAGUCCAGUGUCUGGCUCUCAAGGCAAGGAAACCAAAUCCAAAUACAAGCGCAACAAAAACUCUAAAGACAAUAAUAGCAAAGCUUCGACUGGAGAUGGGGGAAAAAAGGAAACUGCCGGACGGACUCAAGGCGAGCCAACCGGCACAGCAGCGGGCGCUGCCGUGGCAGGCAACAAUUCAACCUCUGGAAAGAACACAGAAAAAGGGGGGAAACCCUCCAGAGGUGUCCUGAGUGGCAAAAAAGACAAAGAAGGGGCGACAGGAAAAAGUAAAAAGGACAAAACCGACGGAGCAGCGGUUGUGGCGAUUGCUGCAGUGGAGAAGGAGGUUGUGUCUCAAGUACAAGUUGCUUUGGGGAACAGUCGUAAUACGAACUUUGACAGCACACAACCGACAGACUUGGUCGAAGCCAAUCAAAUUGGGAAUAUCACUCUUGAGCCUGUUGGAAUAUUACCAGCAUUAACCACAAAAACUGAGACAGAGGAGAUAGAAAAUGGUACUAUUGAAUGCAAGACAUUGAAGAAGGUGAAAAAUGAAAAGAUGGAAUCUCCUGUCUCAACACCAGUCCCUCCCCCCCUACAUCUACUUGCCGCAGUAGGCAACAGUGAGAUUUCCUCGCCAUGUGAACAGAUAAUGGUGCGCACACGCUCAGUGGCAGUGAACACUUCCGACGUGGCCCUCGCUACGGACCCUGAGUGCUUAGGACCCUGUGAACCCGGUACCAGCGUAAAUCUCGAAGGAAUUGUCUGGCAGGAAACUGAAGAUGGAAUGUUGGUGGUGAAUGUUACUUGGAGAAACAAGACGUACGUGGGCACUCUGUUGGACUGUACACGGCAUGACUGGGCUCCACCUCGUUUUUGUGAAUCCCCGACAAGUGACCUGGAAAUGAGGAAUGGCCGGGGCCGAGGUAAGCGGAUGAGACCAAACAGCAACACCCCCAUCAACGAGAACAGCAACUCGUCAGACAACAAAGGCGCCACCAACAACAAGACGCGUGCUGCCUCGAACACCAAGGGCCGAAGGGGAAGCCAGACUCCCUCGGAGCGUCGCACUCCUCCCAACAACAACACAGAGGAUAUUAAGGCCAGCCCCUCACCGGCUGGAAAACGUAAGACCAAACCUGCCUCAGACAUGGAGCCCAAUUCUAGCUCCGAGGACACCAAAGGCAACAAACGCAUGCGGACAAACUCUAACAAUGGAGGGAUCGGGCUAACAGGUCUGCUCAUUCCUUCUAUCAAGGCUGAGCCACUUCUGCCUCCUGUUGAUCGGAGCUGUCCCUCACCUGUUCUUAUUGACUGCCCUCAUCCCAAUUGCAACAAAAAGUAUAAGCACAUUAAUGGUCUCAAGUACCACCAAGCCCGUGCUCACACUGACGAGGAUGUGAAGUUGGAAUUAGAUGUAGACAGUGAAUACGGAGAGGACUCAACACUUCACCCUGAACCUGGGAACUGUAAUGGAGCAUCCAUCUCACAUAAAGGAUCACUGUCUCCUGCCAGGUCAGUCACUCCAAAAGGAAGGAACUUUGAUGUUCAAAGUCCUUCCCCGUCACCGGGAAAGUUUUGCUCAAAGCAGAGCAAAAAGAAAAUUGCUGAAACUGAUCCAGAAAGUGGAGGCACCCCAAUGGAAGUAUGUGAUGAUGGAGCAUGCCUUACUGAUGAAGCCAGUAAUGAUGGUAUCGAUGAAAAGAGAGGCUCUGAGAAGUCAAAAAAAGGCAGCACAAAAGCCGAUAAAAUGGCUCAGAAAAAUAUGAAGUCACCUCGGACAGUCGGCACUGGCCCUUCAGCAUCACAGCAAAUGUUCUCUUUUCCGCCGGGAAAUCCAAAUUCUUCUCCAGGACUUGCACCGGUGUUGCAAGGAAUCCCGAAGAGCCCCCAGAUGAAAGGAACACAACCCAAACCCCCUGCUGUUGGAGAUCCUCCCCCAUGUAGUUCCAAAGACAAGAAGAAGAAAGACAAGAAGAAAAAGGAUGGUGGAAAGGAGGCUGACAGUCCCAAGUCUCUGGCUAAGGGAGGGAAACUGGAGGAGGUUAACCCACCGUUCUCAGAACCGUGUGAUCAGGGCAAUAAGGCUGAAGGGCUUCUUAAUGGUUCCUCAGAUCCUCAUCAGAGUCGUUUGGCAAGCAUUAAGGCUGAGGCUGACAAGAUCUACAGUUUUUCUGAUAAUGCUCCAAGUCCAUCCAUCGGUGUAGCCAGUCGGAUAGAUGGCAGUGGAGUGCCACAGCCUCUUACGCCUCUCCACAUGGCAAACCAGAAUGGUGCUGAUAACUCCUCUGUAAAAACGCACAGUCCAGCCUACUCGGACAUCUCUGAUGCUGGUGAGGACGGAGAGGGGAAAGUAGAGGGAGUCAAAAAUAGGACAGAGGACCAGUCACUCAGAGAAAGUGUCAAAAAAGCUCUUUUUCCAAAUCAGACCCCCAGCAAAGAUUCCCCAUACUAUGCUGGCUAUGAAACAUAUUACUCGCCUAAUAAUGUCAACCCCAGUCCGAGUGGGCCUAAUGCAGGUACACCGGUGCCAGAAGGUCAGGUGAAGAUUAAAAGGGAGGAUGACCAGGAUCAGGUUGAGGAGAAAGUCAAGAUUGAGGUUCAUGAGGAUCGCAGACUUGAUAUAGUCACUGGCCAGCAGCAGCAGCAACAACAACAGCAACAGCAGCAGCAGCAACAACAACAACAACAACAGCAGCAGCAACAACCAUCUGUUAUUCAACAACGAUCCAACAUGUAUAUGCAACCUCUUUACUACAAUCAGUAUGCUUAUGUACCUCCUUACGCGUAUCAUUCCGAUCAGGCCUACCAUAACCAUUUAAUGAACACUAACCCAGCCUAUCGACAGCAGUUUGAGGAACGCCAGCGACAAAUGGCAGAACAGCAUCGUGCUGCAGAGAAAAAGUCUGACAUUGCCCUGAAAGAAAGAGAAGCUUCCAUUAAGGAGGAGUGGAAACAAAAGAGUCCAAUGCAGCCAAACCUUUCCAAAACCCCCAUUCAGUCUGAUCUUGGAAAGACGCCACAGCCUACUAACAAAUCCAGAGACUCGCCUUCUGAGGUUUCGUCCAAAUCUAUGGGAGGCAUUAAGGGGGAAGACGCAAAGUCCCAGCAAGCUGAAGGGCUAAAGAUGAAGCUGACGGAGGGACACCAUGGGAAGGAGGACUUGAAGCAAGCACUGGAUUCCAGAUGUCAGUCUGGCACAGAGCAGACUAUCUGGUACAGACAGCAGUACCCUGAGAACCAAAAGGCCUUGGCGGAAAGUGAACACCAGCACCAACAACCCCGAUGGAAGGAUGAAAGAGACAGAGAACGGGAACGUGAUAGGAAAUCAAAGGACGAAAGGUGCAGACAUAAGGACAGUCAAAGUGGGCUCAAGGAGGAGAGCAAAGAAAGUACUGACCCUCGGAUACAUUCUGAGGAACUUCGGAUGCUGAGCAAAGACUCGCGUACAAAUCCCCACUUGCAGUUCUCGUCACCACUAGCGCAGCAUCAAGGAUACAUGCCCUACAUGCAUGGUUACCCCUAUGGACAAGGUUAUGAUCCCAACCACCCUGGUUACAGGGGCAUGCCUUCGGUCAUGAUGCAGAACUACCCAGGUUCUUACCUUCCCGGAGGCUAUCCUUUUUCUCCAUACGGCAGUAAAAUAGUCGGCGCUGAAGAGGCCAGCGACAAAUCUCGCACUAGCCCGACAGUCAACAAGAUGGCAACAGACUCCAAAGCGCUAGAGAUCCUACAUCAACACGCCAGCCAAUACAAAAGCAAAUCCCCGACAGUCGGCGACAAGCCCCCCCUUGAGCGAGAGCUGGACCGAGGAGCUGGCGGGGAAAGGGAUCGGGAAAGAGAUGUGGACCGGCCACGCUCCUCGCCUUCCCAGCGGAUGAUGCCCUCUCACCACCACCUUGGAUACCCGCUGCUCUCAGGGCAAUACGACCUGCCCUACGCCACAGGGAAGCCCGAUCGUCACACCUCCACCCUGCAAAGAUUCAUGUGACUGGCUCACAUGUGCAAUGGAUGCUCCUCGUCUUAGACAUCAGUUGAAUGGUGUUUGUGUCUCUUUGGUCUGCCUGGGUGUCGGCAGCUUGUCCCUCCUCCGUGACGCCUGGACUCGUGCUCCAGGUUUGAAAGCCAUCGCUCCCCCCCCUCCCCCUCAUGCAGAGGAAACGCCCCCCCCUCCUCUGACUUACUAGUCUUUGCACUGUCAACAAACACAAUGCAAAAAUAGACUGUUGCUUUUCUUUGACUGCAGUGUUUUUUUGUUGUAAACAGAAGAAACUAGCAGAGGUUUUCCGGGGGGGGGAUUUGGUGACUGAUGGCAAAGGGGAGUGAGACUUUUAAUUAAAGACUUGCAGAGAAAAAUCUUAUUGAGAUGAGUUCAAUUUAAUGUCUGUGGCAUUUUGUAUGCCCGUGAAGCAACAAUAUAUCCGCAACUUGACAAAUGUUUGGUUCUAUUUCAUUGUGGAGAGGGGGAUCACGGCAACUGCUGCUCACUUCAGAGACUCAACAACCCGAGACUGAAGUUUUCAUCCUCACUGUCACUUAUAAUUAUUAUUAUUAUUAUUUCCCACGUCUGAACACCGCAGUUCAUGUUUCAGGGAUGAUGUCAGUGUGCUUUGGCCAAGGGACCGCUAAACCUCAACAGAGAAUAUAAACGUGAGCUUCUGUCGGACAACUGGCGCUGGGUUUACUGAUCGUCACCUUUUCCAUGUCAGAAUGCUGGUUUUGAUGCUGUCUCUAUUUACACGCUCGUUAGCAUCAGCUCACAUUUCAACGCGCCUUCAGCUUGCAUACAAGUUUUUUCGGAUUGGCUGUGUGUACGUGUAUGUGUAUGUGUGUGUGUGUGUGUGUGUGUGUGUGUGUGUGUGUGUGUGCGCGCGCGCAAAUCACUUGGGCAAGUUUCAUUGUGCAUUUUCCCUCUUUUGGCUGCUGUUUUAAUCAACAAGAACAACUGGGCCCAUAAAUCAAUUAAUCAAACAAUAACUGAUAUUGUUGUGAAUCUUUGGGCAACUUCCAAUUCGAUUCAGAAAAUGAUUAAACCGAUUUUCACAAUGUAUUUGGAAUAUUAAUUGUAAUGAAACUUUGUCAAAAAACAACAGGUUAAAACGGGGGUGUCAAACUCAUUUUAGACGGGUAAACGGCAAGAUAACUUAAAAAUAAAGACAAAAAAUAGAUUGUUUUCUUUGUUUAAAAAUAGAACAAGCACAUUCUGAAAAUGUACAAAUCAUAAUGUUGCCGGGUUUAUUUUACACUUACAUGUUGCGGCUAAUAGUAUUCUAUCUUUAUUUGUCGUGUGUGGAAAACUUGCACUUCCGGGUUUUUCGGAUCACCAAUCACCGACAUGCCAGGCUCUUCCACUUUUACGAGAAUGUUCUAUUUUGCAAUAAAUUGUCUUUGUGCUUUUUAGCAAUUGUCUUUUCGUCAGUCUUGCUCUCGCUCCACCAUCAACCACCCCUCUCUCCUUCCCGGCUGCUGCCUUUAACAGAGCGGCAGGUGAUUAGAUAAGCAUGCCCAGGUGGGCCUUCUACGCACCUGUAGCUGAUCUCAAAUUCGUUCCUGGCACACCCUGCUUUGUUGCAGGACUGCAGGCCACUCCCCCUCCCCCUCCACAUCGUUAUUUAUACUUUCUGAAUAAAUUAUGUGAUAAUGUUCAACAGUCAACUGAUUUUCAAUCCAUCAGGAUAAAAAAAAUAAAAUCUAAUUACAGGAUGUUAUUUAUGUAGUUUGCUCAUUUACCUCGACUGGUGCACUAACGUGUUUUUUUUUCUUUUUUUCUUACAUAUGUAGCAUAAUCUAGAUUAGAAAGAUACAAAUAAUUGCUAUUGCGACAUCUAGUGGACACAUCUAGUACAGCAGUUUUUUCAUAGAAAAAUUUCGGCUCAUUUUUAUAUUUCACAAACUCAUCCCGCGGGCCGUACGUUUGACACCCCUGGGUUAGAACAUCUCCUUCUGGUUGCAUGGAGAUGGACCCCCCCAAAAAAUGUAUCGGUUUUCUGGUGCACGUCUUAGCUGAAAAUGAACUGUAUAACUGGAUAAAGUGCUGCAGUAUGUCCGUGUGUUUUCUUUUGUUCAUCUCAAACUUUUAAACAGGGUGCCGAGCGCAUUUAUUUAAUCUUGUGAGUCAUUAAUAAUCUUUGUCCUUGUGGGUGGAGGAUUCUCGAACAAAGCCUUGCAAGUCGCUCCUCGCUAGCAGAAAUUAGGCUUCAAACGAGUGAGCAACUAACAGGCAAGUAUGCCCAAUUUGUUGGAAAGUGAUAAAGUUAAAAAAAACAUUUAAUUAAUAUUUAUUGAAGUGCACUUUUGUUAACAUAGAUUGAGUCAGUCUUGCCUUCAAUUGAUUACUUAUUUGGGAUAAUUAUUAGUUCUUAACCUUCCAAUUACAACUUUAAAAAUAAAUCCUAAUGAGAAAUUCAAGUUUAUUGAGUUAUGAAAGGAAAACGGUCUCAAAAUAAUAAUGACAAUGAUAUUGUUUAUAGACAAUUUGAGGGACUAUCUAUCGGCCAAGCAAAAUGUGUUGUCGGCCCAGGCCUAACAACUGAUGUAUCACUCAUUUGCUUCACUCUUACACACACUCACACACACACACACACACACACACACACACACACACACAUACACACACACACACACACACACACACACACUCUUACCUGGCUUUGGACCAGUCAUAACUUGACACCUUGGCGUUCUCUUGGGCCAUUGCCAUUUAUGAUGUCGUAUAUCAAACGUCUGGCAGGAGAAGAUAGAAAUGCAGACAGAAAUUAGUUAUGAGACAAAACAAGCAUCAAACAGUAAAAAUAUGAAUGUGUCAUAUUUCUACAUUAGGAUUUCACUUACACUAUUUACAAAACGUAAGGAAUAUUUGACCGAAGCCUAGAUUUUACAGUAGGGUUGUGUGAAAAAAUCAAUUCAAAUACGUUGUGCAAUUCAGAAUUGAUUCUCAUUUUUUUUUUAAAUCACAUUUUUAUUUAUUUUUUAUUUAUCAAUCCAACAAACCACUACACAGCAAUACCAUAACAAUGCAAUCCAAUUCCAAAACCAAACCUGACCCAGCAACACUCAGAACUGCAAUAAACAGAGCAAUUGAGAAGACACAAACACGACACAGAACAAACCAAAAGUAGUGAAACAAAAAUUAUUAUCAACAACAGUAUCAAUAUUAGUUAUAAUUUCAGCAUUGCAGUGAUUAAAAAUCCCUCAUUGACAUUAUCAUUAGACAUUUGUAAAAAAUAGUGUCACAGUGGCUUGCACUUGCAUCGCAUCUCAUAAGCUUGACAACACACUGUGUCCAAUAUUUUCACAAAGUUAAAGUAAGUCAUAUUUUUGGUUCGUUUAAUAGUUAAAACAAAUUUACAUUAUUGCAAUCAGUUGAUAAAACAUUGUCCUUCACAAUUAUAAAAGCUUUUUUUUUUAAAUCUACUACUCUGCUUGCAUGUCAGCAGACUGGGGUAGAGCCUGCUGAAAUCCUAUGUAUUGAGUGAAUACAGAAUAGUUUUAAAUCAGAAAAAUAUCGUUUUUGAAUCGAGAAUCGAAUCGAAAAAAAUCGAUAUAUUAUCGAAUCGUGACCCCAAGAAUCGAUAUUGAAUCGAAUCGUGGGACACCCAAAGAUUCACAGCCCUACUUUACAGGUAAACUUCUUUCAACUUUAGAAUGCACAUCAUGGUUCAAUGUUCCUAUACUUUUUGCACAAACUGCUGUUCUAUAACACAGGUGUCCCGUACUUUAAAGUAUUAAUUAUUUCCAUUCUGACAGAACAAAAUACAUGGACUGCAUACAGCUGCAUAGCUUUUUAACUUUAAUAUUGUCUAAUAAUGCAACAAUUUACAUAUAUUCCACAAAAUGUAAUCGAGUGUCAAUACAUACUUAAAUAUCUAAUUGACUUAUAUUAUCCAUCAAAUUGUACUCUAACAAUAACAAUAGAUUGAACAAGGGGGUGUUCAGAAACAUUGAUUCACACCCGAAUCGUCAUUCUUAUGUAAUUUUCGAUUUUAAAUUGAUGUAUCGAUUAAAAAAUAAAUAAUUAUUUUUUAAGAAGAAUCCAUUUAAAAAAAAUAAAUUUCUAGCCCAUCUUCAUGCAACCAGAAGGAGGUUUUCUAAACUGUAACCUGUUUUAAAAACGUUUCAUUAUAAUUAUCAUACCAAAUGAUAUAGAGCUAGAAUCGUGUUGAAUGGAGAAUCGAUUCUGAAUGAAAUAGUCACCCCAGGAAUUGGAAUUGGAUUGAAUUAUUAUUUGCCCAAAGAUUCGCACCACUUGAUAGUACAGUAAAAAACCGGCAGCUCAAUGGCUAGAAACACGCUGUACUGUAUGUUUUUACAGUACAACAAAAGUGCCACCAUUUCACCGCAAAUGCUACAGAUUUUUUUUAUCCGUAUGAAAAACUCAUAGGUGUUAAAUAAAUAGGGCGACUCCUUACUGUAUACAUUUCUAUUCAAAUAUUAUUCAGUUACAAGCGGCCCUCUGAGCGCUCUCAAUGAUAGCCAGUUCAAAAACAAGAAAAUCAUCAAUAAAUACAAUAGUUCAAUUAAAAUUGGUAUUCUAACAACUCUGUACAUGUGGAUGACAUCCCGACACAAAGACCUCGCCUAACAGUCACUCACCAGUGUGAUUGAGGUUGAAAACAGGAUCUUCUCAGAGGGAAGUGGCCGCUGAGCUUACGAGUGUCAGCAGAGACUGGAAAAGUGGCAGAAACGCACAUUUUAUACAUUUUGGAGAGCAUAUUAACUCCUUGUUAGGGAACACAUUGUGCACAAACGACAAAAACAUUGAACAGUUGCCUAUUUAAGCUUCAUUCUGAAGUUAUUUUCAAUUAUUCCCCCCCGAGUCAGACAAUAUGUUUGGUAUGAUGGAUGGCGUUGUUAUCUGGAUACAAAACAAAAUGGUCAUAACCUUAUCAUUCACUUUUUUUCGGAAUUUUGCCCAUCGUUCACAAUCAUGAGAGACAAGAAGGCGCAUUUGUUUUUAUUAAGAUUUUAAAGGUCAAACGCUUGAAAGAUGCGGCUCACCCUUCAUCAAAGUUUUAUAUACACACUGCAAGUCUAUAUAUAAUGUAGUAACAGACAUGUUCAUAACAAUAUGUAAUAUGUUCAAUAUUUACUGUAUUUUGACCAUUUUAAUCAUGUCCGUUUCCAUUUCAACACGUCUGACUUGUAGCAACAAUGUGUGUUUCUACUUCCCAAUACAAAACGCUUGUGUGCUUUAAAGGGGAACAUUAUCACAAUUUCAGAAGGGUUAAAACCAAUAAAAAUAAGUUGCUUAUUUUAUUUUUCGAAGUUUUUUUCAAAAUUUUACCCAUCACGCAUUGUCCUGAAAAACUGCUUUAAAGUGCCUGAUUUUCCUGUGAUGUCACUGCGUGAUGCCAAUACAAACAAACAUGGCGGAUAGAACAGAAAGAUAUAGCGACAUUAGCUCGGAAUCAGACUCGGAUUUCAACGGCUUUAGCAAUUCAACAGAUUACGCAUGUAUUGAAACGGAUGGUUGGAGUGUGGAGGCAGAUAGCGAAAAUGAAAUUGAAGAAGAAACUGAAGCUAUUGAGCCAUAUCACGACAGGCAGCGGCAACGAGGACAAAUUCGGCGAUCGCCUUCUAACCAACGAUUGCAUCUUUUGACCACUGGUGCAACUUGAAUCCGUCGAUUGGUAUGUGUUUGUUUGGCAUUAAAUGUGGGUGGAGGGAAAGGCUGGAUGCAAAUAUAGCUACAAAUGAGGCAUAAUGAUGCAAUAUGUACAUACAGCUAGCCUAAAUAGCAUGUUAGCAUUGAUUAGCUUGCAGUCAUGCCGUGUGCAAAUAUGUCUGAUUAGCACAUAAGUCAAUAACAUCAACAAAACUUACCUUUGUGAUUUUGUUAACUUUAUCGUUGGAAAUGCAUCUGCUUUGAGUGUCGCAGGAUAUCCACACAUCUCUGUCGUAGCAUCGCUAUCGUCGGUAGGGAUGCUACGACAGAACAGAACAAACGAGGGACUUUCGCAUCUUUUGACCACUGGUGCAACUUGAAUCCAUCGAUUGGUAUGUGUUUGUUUGGCAUUAAAUGUGGGUGGAGGGAAAGGCUGGGUGCAAAUAUAGCUACAAAUGAGGCAUAAUGAUGCAACAUGUACAUACAACUAGCCUGAAUAGCAUGUUAGCAUCGAUUAGCAUGCCGUGACCAUUGAUAUGUCUGAUUAGCACACUCCACUUAAGUCAACUUGAAUCCGUCCCUGUUUGUGUUGUUACACCUACGGACAACACACCGACGAGGCAUGAUGUCUCCAAGAUACGGAAAACAGUCGAAAAAACUGAAAAUAACAGCUGAUUUGACUUGGUGUGUGUAAUGUGUUUGAGAAAAUGACAGAGAACUUCCUGUUGUGACGUCACGGGUGAAAAUUCAUUGCUCCGACAGCGAACAAUUUUAAAGGCGUUUCAAUCGCCAAAUUCACCCUGUUAGAGUUCGGAAAUCGGUUAAAAAACAUAUGGUCUUUUUUCUGCAACAUCAAGGUAUAUAUUGGCGCUUACAUAGGUCUGGUGAUAAUGUUCCCCUUUAAUAAUGGCAGACUUGCUAACAAACAAUGAAGAUGACUCUUUUUGGACAAAUGAGGAUUCACAACCUUAUCUUUUUGAAGCUUAAUAUACGGAAGAUAUUACAGAGGCGAAUGCGAAGAAAGGAAUAAAACGUUGGAGCAGACGGAAGCUGAUAGAGUUAGGUGAAUGCGACUCGAAGCUGCAAAAUGUGGAAUUUGGAGUCAAGCUAUUUCAACAUAAAUGGAGUGCUCACCCCAAAUAAACUUUAAAAAAAAACAUCCGCGAUCAGCUGGACCAAAGAGACAACUGUCCAUCGAGUGAGUCACACUUUGUAUUAAUCAUGUUACAUGCAGCAUGUCAUCAUAUGUGUAUCAUGACAGGGAGCAUACGCUUUCUGGCUAGCUGUGUACAAACAAAACAUGAAGUGUGGGCUAAUACUUUACAGAUACUGUAAUAUGAUUGUUCAUGUUUUUCAGUCAGUACAGAUUGGUGUUUUAUUGAAAACUUGUGCAUUACAAACUCGUUUCAUGUUGCUAUAGAAGGGUAGUUUAUCUCUUGCCAUAGUUAGCUUUUAAGGCUAAUACUGAAGCAUGCCGAUGUGUUACUAUGCUAGAAAGAGAGUUCCUCAGCUCUUAAAAUAACGAUACUGCUACAGCUGGUUAUUAUACAGGUUAUGGAACAUAAUUUGAAGUAUUGUUGACAAUUUUUUAAUGCAUUUUUAAAGUAACUUGGAGGUAGAAUUGAUUGCUCCCAUCAGCUGCAUUGCUAGCUACUUAGAAAAAGCCGAUUUUUACAUGUUAGAAUGCAAAAAAAAAACAACUUUUGUAUUCUUGUCUCAUAAUGAUUGUGAACGAUAGGCAACAUUUAAAAAAAAAGUGCAGUUUCUCUUUACCAAAACCAUGGGGAAAACCCCAAAUAAACACAGCAGUUAAACCUCGCACAAAAACAAGAGUUAUCGUACUUUCCCUACUUUUUUUCCCAAGCUUUGAACCCUGCGGCUUACACAAAGGUGCGGCUUAUCUAUGGAUUUUUUUCUUUACUCACAGCUAAAUUAUGGAAUGAAUUAAACAAAAAAUCUAACAAUGUACUAAAAUGACCCAUUCUAACUGUUCAAACUCAGUGAAAAGUACAAGGAAAACGAUUGUUGACAAACAUCUCGAACCUAAUUAAAAAAGGAGAACAUUUUACUAAUCUUAUGAAAGAUGAAUAAAGACGUUAAUGAGUUUUCUGUUUUGUUUGAUCAUCCGUUUUAUUGCCGUGUUACAGGCACUGUUUGUAAACAAUUAAGGUAUGUAAAACAUUUACAUAAUCUCUCUAUUUAAACAUAUGAUUUCACAUCUUAUAGUCCGGUGCGGCUAAUAUAUUAAAUUUUUUUCUUCUAAAAUUUAGUGGGUUGUUCUUAUAGUCCGCUGCGGCUUAUGGUCUGGAAAAUACCGUACUUGUACAUCCAAAGGACAAAACAGAACAAGACUAAUUCAUGAAAACCUUGUGUAAAUCAUGUAGAAAAACAUACAUUGGAGAAACAGGUGGCACAUUCAACACAAGAAAAAAAAAGUAUUGUCAAGAAUGUGAAAAAGAGACAAAUGGAAUACUCACAAGAAGCUUAAAGGCCUACUGAAAUAAGAUUUUCUUAUUCAAACGGGGAUAGCAGGUCCAUUCUAUGUGUCAUACUUGAUCAUUUCGCGAUAUUGCCAUAUUUUUGCUGAAAGGAUUUAAUAGAGAACAUCGACGAUAAAGUUCGCAACUUUUGGUCGCUAAUAAAAAAGCCUUUGCCUGUACCGGAAGUAGCAGACGAUGUGUGCGUGACGUCACGGGUUGUAGGGCUCCUCACAUCCUCACAUUGUUUAUAAUCAUAGCCAUCAGCAGCAAGAGCGAUUCGGACCGAGAAAGCGACGAUUUCCCUAUUAAAUUGAGCGUGGAUGAAAGAUUCGUGGAUGAGGAAAGUUAGAGUGAAGCACUAGAAAAAAAAGGCGACGGCAGUGGGAGCGAUUCAGAUGUUAUUAGACACAUUUGCUAGGAUAAUUCUGGAAAAUCCCUUAUCUGCUUAUUGUGUUACUAGUGUUUUAGUGAGAUUAUAAAGUCAUACCUGAAAGUCGGAGGGGUGUGGUGUCCCUGAUGGAAGCCAUGGAGGAGCCAAGAAAGUCGCCUCUGACAGCUGUAGGAGGACGCAAGCUCCGCUCAUGUCUCCGGUAAGAGCCGACGUAUUACCACAAUUUUCUCACCGAAACCUGCCGGUUUACCUUGGCCUCAGUCUUUUUCCCUUGGCCUCAGUCUGGACCCCUCUCCAGGGCCCAGGUUUAGACUAAUUUUUUUUAUUUUAUUUUAAUCUUCUAUUCCCCCCCUGUUUACCUGUAUCUCACCUUUUUUGUAAGGGGCGCUGGAAGCCGGCAGACCCGUCAGCCAUCCUGUUCUGUCUCCCUGUACUGUUUGUCUGAUCUUGAAUGGGAUUGUGCUGAAAAUUGUAAUUUUCCUGAAGGAACUCUCCUGACGGAAUAAAUAAAGUACAAUCUAAUCUAAUCUAAUCUAAUGUGGUAGAGGAACAUGUUCGCUUGACCGCUCAGUUCCAUAUUAGAACUUAAUAACAAACAAACAAACACCGGCUGUGUUUUGGUUGCUAAAGGCAGCUGCAAUCCACCGCUUUCCACUAACAGCAUUCUUCUUUAUAGUCUCCAUUAUUAAUUGAACAAAUUGCAAAAGAUUCAGCAACACAGAUGUCCAAAAUACUGUGUAAUUACGCGACUAAAGCCGACGACUUUUAGCCGUGAGUGGUGCUGGGAUAAAAUGUCCGCUCCAACCAAUAACGUCACAAGCCAGCGUCAACAUAAGCGUCAUCAUUCCGCGACGUUUUCAACAGGACGCAUCGCGGGAAAUUUAAAAUUGCAAUUUAGUAAACUAAACCGGCCGUAUUGGCAUGUGUUGCAAUGUUAAUAUUUCAUCAUUGAUAUAUAAACUAUCAGACUGUGUGGUCGGUAGUAGUGGGUUUCAGUAGGCCUUUAAAACAAGAUUCUGAAGAGGAAAUCUUAAACUUAGCCAUAUGAAAUAAUUGCAAAAUAAAUCACAUCACAGACUGGGACAACGCCAAAAUCAUUGCUGACAAAUUCAAACGAUGACUUGACUUGACAGGUGCGUCUGGUUGGCCACGCCUAUAAGAACAGCUGACGGGCGACUGGUCUGGUGAUCCUUUUAUCAAAGACUGCAGAUGGCAGUCCGAACAUGUCAGGUAAAAAAUCCGUCCAUUGUACCGAAAAUGUCUGACUCGGAAAGAAACUGCGACGUAUACGAAAAAGACAUAAUGAACCUUUUUGAGAUCCAUCCUGAAGUUUCAAACAAAUAUCUGUAAGUACUUCUUGUGAGAAGUGUGUGUGUGUUGCUGCGUUGUAUAUUCAAAUGUUUACUUUGACAUCAAUCCCAGAAUUGUGGACACCGACCACACUUUGCACAUGUGUGCAUUCAUUUCAACACAGUUGAACGUCCUCAGAUACAUCAAGUAACCCUAACCCGAGUACAAAAACACCUCCUUGACGUGUUGGACCCCGUAAAACGACGACAAAAGGCUGAAUCUGAUGAAUGUGGUGUUUGAUAAGUAUUUAAUCUGUCAGGCUAAUACACGAUCAUGUAGGCAGCUGUGAUGUCAAGUCAGUGGUGGUUCUAGUACCAGCAGACUGCAUACAUACAGUAGUGUGAUCCAAUAAUGGUUGUGACAAGUGCAUUUGUUUGCUCAGAGAGUAGUAAUAUAAUCUCAGUAGUCAGCAAAAAAAAGCCCUGUGAAAAUAAAUCCUAUAUUCUAUUUUGAAAAAAAAAAAAUUAAAAAAAAAAGUGUAUGAAAAGCCAGAAAGGUUCAUGUUUGCUUUCAACAUAACGGAAAUUGUUUAGUUUCAUGGUGCAGAGUAUAUUUAUUGGCCAGCAGUCGGUGCCUAGUUGAACUUUCUCGACGCCUCGUCUCGUUUGCCCUUCCCUGACCCCGCUUCCUGUCACACAAAGUACCGCCAGCGGUGCUUGCAAGGAUGUUUACAAUGUCUGCGAAGUCUUCUUUUCUAUGUUAGACAUCCAGAACUUUUUCUUUCUCUCUUCCGCCCUCUCCUCUUCUCUCCCUCCCUUCAGGAGUUUGUGAAAAGUGUACAUUGCCAUGGUUCUUUUUUUUGAUACAAUACUCUGUAACUUGCCUUUGUAAAUUUGGGCUGGAAAAAAUAAAUCUUUUUAUGAGACAA